UGCUCUCAAAGUGGCGCACGAACUACAGACCCUGUAAUAACGGCGGCCAAGCGGCGAGUAACAAAUCAGGAAUUUCCCUUCUGCCACUCCUGAGAGUGCAAAAAGGAUUAAAGCAAGGGAAUAUUCUUUACAUCCAAGUAAAACUUUGCCUUCAUAUUUGACAAACUAUGCUGCACCUCCAUGUACUUUUUUGGGGGUGGUUAUAGUUGGCGACAUUUUUUAAAAAAUUAUUGUCCAUGGAUUACUGGACACCUCAUCUUUCAUGAAAAUGCUGGAAUAACUCGAUUUUUACAGAAAUGAAGGGACGCCGUCAACUGAUGAUCUCCAAUCGUGCGUUCUACUUCAGGUUUCACAACUUGUAUUUUACUUUACUCUGCGAGGAUUGGUGUCGCUCGACUUUUUUUCGACUCUUGGGUCAGUCGAUGGCGUGAAGCGGGCGAGUUAUUCUUCAUCUUCAAAUCUUAUUUUGGAUUAAGUUGCGGAAGUUUUCUCAGUAACACUACACCUGGGGGAUUAUUCUCAUGAAACAAGUAGGAAAAAAACUGGAUGUAGUGAAAUAGUAGUUUGUGAGAGGAGAAAUGCGGAACAUGAGGCGCGUCUAGAAGGAUGCUGUUUCUUGUACAAUGGAAUUGAAGAACACUUUAGUUAUUGCGGUGAUUUGUUUGUUUUUCUGCUCGAGUCUCAGCCAAGAGCUCAAUUCUAAAGGCAAGAAUGUAUGCAAAUUACCAGGGUCAGCAGAGCUGAUGUGCUGCAGUGGUUGGGGUCCGCUUGGGGACGAGUGUCUAACACCCCUCUGUGAGGGGAACUUCACCUGCAAGGAGAACGAGGUGUGCGUCCGGCCAAACGAAUGCCGCUGUCGCCAUGGAUACUUCGGAGCCAGUUGUGACACCAAAUGCCCCAGCCAGUUCUGGGGUCCCGACUGCAAGGGCAAGUGCACCUGCUUCCCCAACGGCCAGUGCGACGACGUGACGGGCAAAUGCACCUGCAACCACAACCGCUGGGGUCCCAACUGCGAGAACGCCUGCGUGUGCCAGAACGGCCGCUGCGACCAGGACACGGGCCGCUGCUCCUGCCACCCCGGCUCCUUCGGCGCGGCGUGCGCCGGCACGUGCUACUGCAGCGUCAACUCCGUGUGCGACCAGACCAACGGCCGCUGCCUCUGCCACCCGGGCUGGUCCGGACGCAACUGCGCCAACCCGUGCAACUGUAACAACUCGCCGUGCGAACAGUUCACGGGCCGCUGUCUCUGCCGCGAGCGUCUGUGGGGGCCCCGGUGCGAGCGCUACUGCCAGUGCGGCCAGGGGAAGUGCAACCAGAACGACGGUUCCUGCAGCUGCUCGCCCGGAUACCGGGGGAAGUUCUGCAGGGAACCCUGCCCCGCCGGGUCCUACGGACAGAACUGCAGGAACAAGUGUGGUCACUGUAAGGGCCAGCAGCCCUGCAAGGUGACGGAGGGGCGGUGCGUCACCUGUGAGACCGGCUGGAACGGCACCAAGUGUGACCAGAAGUGCCUUCCGGGGUUCUUUGGGGACAGCUGUCAAGGCACCUGCCCCCCAUGCAAGGACGGUCACUUCUGUAACCAUGUCGACGGAAAGUGCUCCCACUGUAACCCUGGCUGGAUCGGGGACAGUUGCGAGCUGCGCUGUCCCAACGGAACCUACGGAGAGAACUGCGAGAACAACUGCAGCCACUGUUUCAACGGCGUCUGUCACGUGGAGACCGGGGAGUGUCUGUGUGACCUGGGGUUCCGGGGGACCUACUGCAACAUGACCUGCGAGCCGGGUCAACACGGAGUGAACUGCGCCCACUCGUGCUCCUGUCACGACAACACCUGCGACCCUGUGUCCGGGGCCUGCAACUUACAGCCCAACCAGCGAGUGGGUGUGAUGGCUGCCGGUGGCCUGGUCGGCAGCCUACUGCUCCUGCUGCUGGGCCUUCUCUGCUGCUGCUGCCUCUGCAGGCACAAACACCAGCACAACAAAAAAGCCAAACGGAUCCUGUGUGGACGAUUCAGCCGGAUCAGCACCAAGCUGCCUCGUAUUCCUCUGAGGAGACAGAAGCUGCCCAAAGUUGUUGUAGCGCACCACGACCCCGAGAACGCCUUCAACUGCAGCUUCAUCGACCCGCCCUCGGCCGCGGAGCAGCCUUCAACCUGGUCAUCCCAGGGCUCCUUUUCGUCCUUCGAGAGCGCGGAGGACGGGCCCGUGUACUGUGUGCCCCACGAAGAGUCCCUGUCAGAGAACAGGGACAAGGGCAGCCCUCAACCCGCCCCUGAGAAACCCCCGACCUCCACGGACGAGGACGCCGGAGAGUACACCUCCCUGAAGGACACCAGCUCCCUCAAACCUGGCAACCCGGCGGCAGACACCGCCGAGCAGCCCCCGAUCAGGUCGUCGGACAGCGAGGGCUCCGCCAGCGGCUCCGAGUCCACCAUGGCCGUGCUGUACGCCCGCAUCUCCCGCCUCUCCAAACACUCCAGAGAGGAGGAGGGGGAGGGCGCCGGCUCCGCCGCCUCGGAUGUCAGAGGGAACGCCAAGCCGCCGCCCUCCCCGGGGAAGCCCAAGCCCCGCCCCCCGGACCCCUCCACCAAGCCCAAGGUGUCCUGGAUCCACGGCAACAACGCUACGGGGUCUCCCCAGCCCGAGGCGCACGGGGGGAGGGCGCCGACGGCGCCCAAGGAGAAGAGGACGUCCAGCGACUGCUCUGCCCGGAGCGAGGAGAGGGAGAGGACCAGGGCCAAGGAGCAGCCCGGCGAGGAGAGGACCCAGGAGGCCGACGGCCUCAAACACAAGACCCCGCGGGGAAAGCCCGGCGGAGACCAGACCCCCACCAACCACCUGGAGCACAUCAACGGGGUGGUCCAGAACGCCCUCAAGAAGAUCAGCAACUUCCACAGCUCCCCGGAGAAGAAGGCGGUGGCCGUGGAGUGCCCCAGGGACCCCCCUAGGAGCCCCAAGGUGAUCCACCCCCACAUGAACUCGGAGGCGGCGACCCUGCUGGCCGCCCAGCUGAAGGAGAAGACCCAGAGCAUCAACCGCAACGAGGGCACCGGCCUGGCCAAGACCCCCAACGGCCUGCCGUCCCCGCAGGCCCAGCGAGAGAAGCCCACGCCCCCGCAGAAGGCCAAGCGGGGCGCCACGCCGGCCCAGCACGGCCACUCCAAGCCCCUGCUGCCCACCACCUCCAGCCUCUACAAGAUGGUGGCCCCCGUGUGCGACCUGGCGAGGCCCGACCCCCAGAGCCCAGAAAAGCAGGACUUAAACGGCUCCAGGACGACGACGGAGGCGGCGGCGGCGGCAGCGGGGGGGGAUGCCACGCCCAGGAAGACCCCCAUCAAGAAGCCGCCGCGGAAGAAAGGCAAGGAGGGGAAUGGGGAGACGCCGGAGAGCAGGCCCCUGCAGCCUAAGACAGCCAUGAUGCCUCCACAGACAGUGAAACAGACACUGUGAGCCUCCCCCAAACAUACCACAGGACUAGGGGCUCGGGGAUGACACAGACGUCAGGAAGAACUAUUGAUUUCGAACGAACUGAUUUCCUGUGUGUGUGUGUGAGGUCUCCCCCCCCCCCCCCCCCCCCCCGGGACCAGUGGAGUGUGAGUGGUGGGACACUUGGUUUCCAGAUUGUUCCGUGAUGUGAGUGCGUAUCACAACCGCAUCCCAGAAUAGCAUUACAUCAAGCGAAGGUGACAAUAUGAAGUUUUGGACAAUUGUUUGCAUCUCUCUUCUCCACUAUAGGCAGUUAUCAAGCUGGAGAGAGCUAUGUGAGGCCCACCUUUCGAGAGAGACUUAUGACAGUGGCAAACCGUCCUGUUUGAACGUUAACCUCACCUAUAUUUCUCCACUGCCUGCUACGAUAUUUAUGUACGAAUCUAUGUCAAUCAUGUACCAUUUCAUUUGACUGUGUACUGUAUGUGAUACAACAGCUUGCUAAGCAACACGGCUAAAGUAUCUGCAAGGUACUACAUGAUUCCCAAACAAUAGUUCUACAGUAGCGCGGUUGGGUGAUUGGUUGAGUUAGAUAGACUGACCUUUUUCAAAGUCUCACGGUUCUAAGCAAGCUUUUAGUAUCCUUUUCCAGCUUCCAGAAGUAUCCAUAUUUCAGGACAUUAGUUCAGUAUAUUUUCCUGUACAGUUUGCUCAAAUUCUCACACAGUCUCUUUCUGCUGGGUGAUCGUGUCUCAGGACUCCAGAAUAUGUUUCAAUGCCUCGUACAAUCAGUAGCAAUAGCUAAGCUUGGAUGUUAGCAUAAUAGUCCCUCGAGGGACUCCAGUUUCAAUGUCCUUUUUUAUUACGAACGACCAUGCCGCUUAUGGUACCUGAACAACCGCUUCAAUCAGGUGACGCUGUCCGAAAUGACUUGCGCUGUUUGACUAUCCACCUGUACCUUUUGGAUGUCUGACUAGCGUUACAGGAUUAGAUAGGUUUUGUCACCUUGAAUAAUAAUAACGAUUAAGCCAAUAAGCUAAUCAGUGACCUGAGAGCAUAACUGGCUAAAAUAGCUCUGUCCAAAGUCAUGUAUCGUGUCUGUUCAGUCCUAUGUUAUGUAUGUUUGUAAACCUGCAAGCUUAUUUGCAUGUUCCUAUGCACAAUGAAUACUCUUCAAAACCACUACAAUAUGGGUAUCAUUUGACCAAAGAGGAUUCAAGGAAGGAGCACAGAAGACUGUGGUUAUCUGCCUAGCAUGCCAAAGACUGUGUGCUGUUGGUUUCGUGUGCAGGGUGUGUUUAUGUGACGUUCAGGACCUCACUGGUCCGUGUGGUUUGUUAAGGUACAGCUACUUUCAAUUCCAUCCUUCUGGAUUCUGUACACUCGAAAGAUGUUGUCGCGUUCGUGCCACUCGUACGUGUUUGUAAGCUGUGCUUAUGUAACAUACCGCUUCUCUGUCGACGAACUGGCCUUCGCGUAAAAUGACGUCUCGCUUCUCGUCCUGUGUCCUGUGUGAAGGUCACCGCCUGACACAGCAUGAGAUGACACAGCGUUGUUAGGUCGGGUGUCUAUAGUCGACCCUAUCCUCUCACUUCUCCGAUCAUUGGAAAAGCAUCCAUAGGAUUACAGAUACGUAACCUUCUACAGGGUGGAACAGUAGCCAUCCUUGUUUCAUACGGCUGUUAUUAAGAGUACAUGUAUAACUGAUGUGAUUAUGAAAUGCCAGUUAAAGCAGAAGAAACUCCAAGCCUUCUGCAUGUAGCGGGCCCAAGCUUGCUUCUACAGGCUGAAGUACAUAUUCAACCAGGGCAUCAAAACCAGCGAUCGAGAACACGGUGUCAGCAACCUUUUAUUUCCUGUUUGUGUUGCCUCCUUUGAUCUCCAUGUGUUCACGGUUGUUAACUGUUGUCUUUUCAUUUACUUCCUUGAAAUCAAAUAAAAAAAGUGACCCGUACUGUCGCUGUGA